AUGACACAAAAAAACAAUCUAUUCAAAGGCCAACAGAAGAAGAAAACAGUCCCACCUAAUCGCCAUGGAAAAAUUACUCACAUCCGCAAAGGGAAGAGAUUUGUGAAGCCAUCAAAGUUUACAAAGGAGAUGGAUGCUGAUAGGGAGCUAAGCAAGUUCAUCAACAACUGUAAUGAGAUCAAAGCAGCUACUGCUGCAAACAAGGAAGGGGGUCAACUAAGUAUUGUCAAACCACCACCAGAAUCAGCAAGUGGUGCGAAGAAAGAUUCUUGA